GGCCCAAACUGGAACUGUUACACAAGCGAAGAAGAAGGGGGAUUGCCGUAGCCCAACCAACGUAGACGGACGACGGCUGGCGGCGGCGGCGGACCCUCCCGUCCUCCCUGUUCCUCUCCUCCCGCCCCCGUCCCAGCAUGUCCAUCGCGGUCGCGCCGGAGGUCGCGGCCGCCCUCGCGCGCGGCGGCGCGGUCGUCGCCCUCGAGUCCACCAUCAUCUGCCACGGCAUGCCCUACCCCAAGAAUCUCCACACCGCCAUGGAGGUGGAGGCCGUCGUCAGGGACACCGGGGCUAUCCCUGCCACCAUAGCCAUCCUAGAUGGAGUCCCACGUGUUGGCCUCAACAAUGAACAAUUAAAGAGACUGGCUAUUAGUGGAAGACAAUUUCAGAAGACCGCUAGAAGGGAUAUUGCGCAUGUCGUUGCAUCUGGUGGCAACGGCGCAACAACAGUUUCUGCCACUAUGUUCUUUGCUCACAAGGCCGGCAUACCAAUUUUUGUAACUGGGGGAAUAGGAGGCGUGCAUAGACAUGGCGAACAAACUAUGGACAUCUCCUCAGACUUAACUGAACUUGGAAAGACUCCUGUCGCUGUUAUAUCAGCGGGCGUGAAGUCCAUUUUGGACAUACCAAGGACACUCGAAUACCUGGAAACUCAAGGGGUCACUGUUGCUGCUUACAGAACCAAUGAAUUUCCUGCUUUCUUCACAGAGAUUAGUGGAUGUCAGGUACCAUGUCGUGUUGAUUCUCCAGAAGAAUGCGCCAAAAUAAUACAUGCAAACAAGAACCUAGAUCUAGGUUCUGGGAUCCUUAUCGCGGUGCCGAUUCCCACGCAGGAUGCAGCUUCAGGGAACAUUAUAGAGUCUGCAAUACAGAAAGCUCUAAAGGAGGCAGAGGAAAAAAGGAUAAUAGGAAAUGCGAUCACUCCUUUCAUGCUUGAAAGAGUGAAAGAACUAACUGGAGGAUCUUCCUUGGAAGCCAAUAUUGCACUUGUUAAGAACAAUGCUCGUCUUGGAGCAGAAAUUGCUGUUGCCCUUUCUAAUCUUAAGCGGAAAGAUAAAAACAGAAUGGGGAGAUCGGCAUUGUAGAGCCAUGCUUGCGGGCCCUGGCGAAAGAGCCACUUGGAUGUGGUACGCGCUGAGCAUCUACCAGAAUUAGACAUUUGUACCCGUUGGUUCAAAACUGGAUGAUCCUGUUCAGCAGGCACACAUGAUGCUUUUGAUAGCAGGCUUAGCUGUUGCUUCCUGCAUGUAAUGGACAGCACAGGAGGAUAAAUGUGUUAUAGUGGCAAUGUUACAAUGCUACUCCAUCCACUUUGUAGUUGUCUCUUCUCUGGAUUCUUUCUACUCUGAAUGAAUUUGGACAUUUGGUGGUCCGA